AUGCCACCAGCCCUGCCAACCCCCGAAGAAGACGCCUACAACUCCGCCUCCGACUCCGACUUCGAUGCCUCACUCUCCCCAUCCUCAGGCGACGAAAGCGAGGCUAGCGAUGCAUUUACGACUACAGCUCAGAAAGACAAAAAACGGAAAACAGAUGCGGAUGGAGACGUGGACAUGGCGAGUGGGGAUGAGGGGAUUGUGGCACAGGAGCGCAAGAAGAGGCGGCGGAAGGGAAAAGGGAACGGUAAAGAGAAAGCUGAGGAUGGCCAUGAGGAUGUAUUGGAUGAGGACGAGGAUGAGAACGGACAGAGGGGAGUGGGUAUUAGGGUCAGACUGAGGAGUGGGAGGGGAGGAGGUGAUGAAACCAAGAAACCCGUCUCCAAAUCCUCAGGCGCAACCAUCGACCUCGACUCCGUCUGGGCACGCCUGAACAAUCCUCAAGCCUCUCGACCACUGACCGAUGAUCAGAAGCCUCCAGACGUCAACGCCAACGCAGAGAACAUUCCACCAUCCUCAGAUACCCUCUCGAAAGACACACUCCCCCCAUCUCUCCAAGUCUCAAGUCCCGAGCCCACAAUCACCAUACCGCACACCUACACAUUCGCCGGCCAAACCCACACUUCGACCAAAAUCGUCCCCGCCGCGUCCAAAGAGGCCCAAGCGUAUCUAGCUUCCAAAGAUAAACUCUCCAUCGCGAUCGCCGGUCCAGCUCUACGCCGUCCUCUAGCACGAAAGGGGCUGCUGGAUCCCAAUCCGCAGGGCCUGAUCAAGGGCGUUACCCGUCCUCUCCGCUCGGACCUGCCCACCAGCAUCGGCGGACAAGGCACGAAGCAUCUGAACACCGCUACGAAGGCUAAAGUGUGGGAGCUCGGGAAGAAGAAAGAGGUGAAGCUGAACACGGUCGAGAAGUCAAAGUUGGAUUGGGAGGCAGAGGUUGAGAGGCAAGGGCUACGGGAGGAGUUGGAGAAGGCGGAGAAGAGUGGGGGAAGCUAUUUGGGUAGGAUGGAGUUUCUGGGGAGGGGGGAUCAACUGAGGGAGGAGGAGGCGAAGAAGGCCAGGUUGAAGGAGAUGGGGAUCGCUGGGUGA